AUGAUUCAACUUGCAGCAGUCGAAUACCCAGUUCUGGUUGAAUCUGACACCAAAUUACCUCCUGGCCUUGUUUUCAUGGGCUAUUCGACAGCUCUCAUUCCAAUCCGGGAGACCGAAGAUGGCAUGAUUUCGUGGCAUCUGGAAGUUGCGAGUAAUGAUCGUCAGAUCAAAGCUUCCGAGCUCAAAGCAACACAGUCAGAAUGGCUGCGGAUGACAGAUUUGAAUUACCUCCUCUCAAAGAAAGCACUUUUUGGAUGGUGUUCUCAAGCAGAACUUCGACUGGGUGCGGGUACAGAAGAUCUUGAUGUGACAUGGUCCCAUGCUAAGGAGAAGCCAUUUUCAUUUGAGCUCGCAGGUAUCAACCUUCAAGCUCUUGCACAGCCUGCAGCCCCGGCCCAAUUUGGCAUCCAAGCUGGCGCAUCGUGGAAGCUAGUGAAUAAUACCAUCAGAUUUACCCAGGAUGAUGAAUAUCUAAGGUGCCUGAAUAACAGUAGGGAGCAACAAAUUGUUCUCUAUGAUGUCAGCACUUCCAGAGCUUGGCUUGUUCCUUUGAUCUCAGUGUUACAUCACAUGCUGUUGGUCUACUGGAAACGGAUCCCGGAAAAUUUCCGAGAGAUGAGAUAUUCCUCUGGCCGUCCCUACAUCUCUGCACCCAAAUGCUUCUUAUGA